CAGGAGCUGGCCAUCAUCGACGACUUGCUGUCGCUGAUGAUGCGCACAAACGGACGGUAUAUGAAGUUCCGGCAUGCGCCAGACAGCAAUGUUUGGCGAGAGCAGCUGGAUGUCCAUGAGGCCGUGGAGGUGCCACAAUGGAUGAACGCAGUGCUGAGCGAGAUGGCGAGGAAGAUUGCUCCGGUUGCUGUGCUGCACAUGCGUAUUGAUCGGUUUGUGCGCGUGUAUGCCAGGGCCAGCGCUGGUGUUGUGAACCAGGCGCUGGCGGCGGCAAUUCGGGCGCUGCUGAAGGAUUACUAUGUUCUGGUGGCCCAGCUCGAGCACCGGCUGCGAACCGCCACGCGUACAAAGCCCUUCACGCUACAGCAGGUGUGGUUCCAUGUGGCUCCGACGCUGCAAGUGUUUGAGCGCCUGGCGCUACUGAUUGACCGCGUGCAGACACAGGCUCAGGUCAGCCCACAGCCCGCCGAUGUGCCACAGGAGGACGACGGAUUCACGACCCUUGCUGAUAAGCGCUCGAAUGUGCCGGACGAGUACGAGUCGGACGAGGACGAGGACAGCCAGGAGGCGGAGGAAGAGACGUUCCAUGUCAGAGGCGGCACCACGCUGAACGUGAUCUCGAAUCUGAUCAACCACCGUGGCGGCGAUGUGUCGGCGCGCCAACUGUACGAGUUCCUGCUGGCGCGCGCCACAGUGCCAUUCUUGAAGAUGUUGCGGUGUUGGCUGCAUGACGGUACGCUGGAAAAGAGCCAGUGCGGUGAGUUCAUGGUGGCCACUGAGGCUCUAAACGCCGAUGACUUUCUGGAGGUGGAUACUGAUGCACCUAGGAUUCCGAACUUUGUGCCUGUGCCUGCGCUGACGCCGAUCUUUUUGCAAGAGUUCAACAGCCAGAUUGUGCGCACUGGGCUGUACCUGAACAUCGUCAGGAACUGUGGUGUGGAUCUGCGCAAGCUGGACCGUGCGCUGAACGGGUUGUUGAAUCAGCAGCGGCUAGUCAAGGAGAUCGAGGCCGCAUACCUGCGUGCGAACCAGGCGUUGAUGGAUAUUUUGCUCAAGGACGGUCACCUGUUUUCGUAUUUCGGCGCGGUCAAGCACUACUUGCUGUUUGACAAGGCCGACUACCUGGGCUACUUUCUGGAUCUGGCCCGGGGUGAGCUGCAGAAGAACGUACACAUGGUUUCUCUAAACAAGCUGCAGUCAGCACUGGAACUGGCGCUGCUGAAUCCAGCCUCGAUCUCCCACGACGACCCGCUGCGUGACCACCUGCGGGUGGUAAUCGAGAACACGCCGUUGACUGACCUAUCCAAGAGCACCGAUAAGUCGGGCGUGUCGUUCAUGGGCGCCAGUGCAGCAGCCGAGCAUGGGCUGAUUGGCGCCGAGGUCCUGGCGCUGACACUGCGUGUUCCAUUCCCGUACUCGAUUGUGCUUGAUGCUGUGUCGAUGCGCAAGUACAAGGAGCUGGGGAGACUUCUGCUAGCGAUCCGUCAGACGGAGCAGAAUCUACUGGAUAUGUGGACGAGGAACCGCCGCUACACAACUCCCAGCGCAUCGGACAGUGCGGGCCAGCUACGCAAGUUUGCUUUCAACCGGAUCUACACGGUUCGCCACCGGAUGCUCGUUUGCGUGCAGCAGCUUUUGUACUACUGCUGCUGGGAGGUGAUUGAGCCGCAGUGGGCCGGAAUGAUG